AUGGAAGGGCCGUGUCGCCUGCUGCUGAUGCUCCUGCUGCUGCUUUUGGGGGUGUCGAUGGGGGAAGUGAAGGAAGAUUGUGCCACCAACCUGUACACCGACAGUGGCGAGUGCUGCCGGGCAUGCAACCUGGGCGAGGGUGUGGCCCAGCCCUGUGGGGUCAACCAGACUGUCUGUGAGCCUUGCCUGGACAGUGUGACCUUCUCAGACACAAUCAGUGCCACAGAAACUUGCAAGCCGUGCACUGAGUGCGUGGGGCUGCAAAGCAUGUCAGCACCUUGCGUGGAGGCUGAUGACGCGGUGUGCCGCUGUGCCUAUGGAUACUAUCAAGAUGAGGAGUCGGGGCUCUGCAAGCCUUGCAGUGUGUGUGAGCCAGGCUCUGGCCUCGUCUUCUCCUGCCAAGAUAAGCAGAACACUGUCUGCGAGGUGUGCCCGGAGGGCACCUACUCAGAUGAGGCCAACCACGUGGACCCCUGCCUGCCCUGCACAGCCUGCGAGGAGACUGAACGAGAGACCCGGGAAUGUACCCGAUGGUCCGACAGGGAGUGUGAGGAGAUCCCAGCCCGCUGGAUACCCCGGACUACAACUAUUCUGGGCUCUGAGAGCCCAGCCCCAGUCACCCAGGAGCCUCCUGAGCCCCCCGAACCUGAAGAUGAGGCCAGCACAGUGGCCGAUGUGGUGACCACUGUGAUGGGCAGCUCCCAACCCGUAGUGACCCGAGGUACCACCGACAAUCUCAUCCCUGUCUACUGCUCAAUCCUGGCUGCAGUGGUUGUGGGUCUGCUGGCCUACAUUGUCUUCAAGAGGUGGAACAGCUGUAAGCAGAAUAAGCAAGGUGCCAACAAUCGGCCUGUGAACCAGACGCCAUCUCCGGAGGGGGAGAAGCUACACAGCGACAGUGGGAUCUCCGUGGACAGUCAAAGUCUCCAUGACCAGCAGCCCCAGACUCAGACAGCUCAAGUCCAAGCUCUCAAGGGGGAUGGAGGGCUCUACAGCAACCUCCCAGCCGCCAAACGGGAAGAGGUAGAGAAACUGCUCAACAGCUCAUCAGAGGAGACUUGGCGGCACCUGGCAGGGGAGCUGGGCUACUUGCCUGAGCGUAUAGACUCCCUCACCCGAGAGGACUACCCUGUCCGGGCUCUGCUCGACAGCUGGGCUGCCCAGGACAGUGCCACCCUGGACGCCCUCUAUGCUGCCCUGCGCCGGAUCCAGAGGGGAGACAUUGUGGAGAAUCUCUACAGCGAGUCCACUGCCACCUCUCCCGUCUGAGCAGGCACCAGGGCUCCCCUCCCUCCCCUGAGCCCCUUACCCUCAGCAUCCCAUGGGGCGGAGCCCUUCAGAUAUGAAGGAAACUGGAGAGGGAGGAGAGACUUCCUUCCACCCAAGGGGACAUUCACCCUCUUGGCUAAUGGUUACCCACUGGGGUGUCUUCUCCCUCACUCCCUCAGCAGCUCCUCAGACCCUCCCCACCCUUUCAGACUGUCUGACACUCGAGCCAAAUCCCCAGAGAAGAGAACUCCAAGGAGCUCCGCUGGAGAGAGCAAGCCCCCCCAUCCCCUGUCCCCCCUUUCUCUCCAAGGAGUAGAGGUCAAAGGUCAGGGCCUAGGUGGCCAAUUCUUUUCCUCACUUUCCCUCUCUAGACCAUCCUGGUUUCCAUCUGUGAUAUCACCCCCUCCACCCUCACCUUCCUCUCUUUCACGUAUCUCCCUGCUCCCUCUCCCUGCCUCCUGUCUCCUGCUUAAUAGGAAUACUGUCCUGGGUGUCUGGUUAUAGAGAAGGAGCUUGAGAUGGAGGGUAAGGAGAAAGGGCACCCUCUUCUCCAUGUGACCACAAUGUCAGUGACAGAAAGGGAACUUGGUGGGAGACAGGAGAUGUGGUCAUAUGGACUUGACACUGUGAACCCUGGGGGUGAAAUACUAUUCUCUGAUGAAUUUUUUUAUUCCUCACUGUUUUCUCAGUUAUUCCCACCUCACCCCGCUGGUCAGAGCCCCAGAGGGUAAAAAAUUACAGAAUCUUACAUGGUCAGACUUGCCAGGGACCUAA